GCUCUGAUCACAACAGAUCAGACUUGGCCGGAGAGAAGUGCGUCUGCGUUACUUCAGAGCAAAUUCUCUCUGUUCGGUUCCGUUUCACAGUUUUUCAUCGUGUUUCUCCCGCUCGGAGUUUGUCAGCGUCUCUUUCAAGAUGGUUAAAGUGUCUUUUAACUCCGCUUUGGGACAGAAAGACGUGAAAAAGGACGUAGAAACUCUUCUUCCCGAGGAGGACAAAGAUGCCGAGGCCGCUCUGCCGGUGCGUCACCAGUCUCGGGCCUGGUGCUGGUGCAUGUGCCUGGGUCUCGCCCUCAUGCUGUCCGGAGUGGUGGUCGGAGGAGUUUACCUGUACCACUACUACAUCCCGGAGGUGAGCAGCCAGUCCCAACAAGGCUGGGACGAUGGAGAGGAGCAGGUGUUCGUGUGCGGGGUGGCGUACCGGGAGCAAGACUUGAUGAUACAGGAGGAAGAGGAGGUGGAGGUGGAGCUGCCAAACCAGUACCACCUGCGGCAGCUGGAGGAGAGGGUCCAGGUGCUGGAGAAGGAGCAGGUGGAGCUCAUCAAUAUCCCUGUGCCCGACUUUGAUAACGGAGACCCCGCGGACAUCGUCCAUGACUUCCAGCGGAGGUUGACGGCCUACCUGGACCUGAGUCUGAACAAGUGCUACGUCAUCCCGCUCAACACCUCCAUCGUCAUGCCUCCCAGAGACCUUGUGGAGCUGCUCGUCAACAUCAAGGACGGCACCUACCUGCCUCAGUCCUACCUGGUCCACGAGGAGAUGAUCGUGACCGAGCGCCUGGAGCACGUCGACCAGCUCGGCUACUUCAUCUACAACCUCUGCCGCGGCAAAGACACCUUCAAGCUGCAGCGCAGAGACAGGAUCCUGGGUAUGCAGAAGCGUGAAGCGCUGAACUGCCACAAGAUUCGUCACUUCGAGAACAAGUUUGUGGUGGAAACUGUGAUCUGUGAGCCCUGAGAGCGCUCGCGGCCUCGCGGCCCCGCGGCCCCUCUUCCAGUCACUGGCGUGCAGUGAGAUCUGUGUUUCUAACCCUCGCCUGUCGUUUCUUCUGUCCUUUACUUCAGGUUGAGCGAGUGAGAUGAGUGAAACGUGGAGCUGUUUGAUAAAUACUCAUUGAUUGUGUGAAAAGUCGCCUGUUUUCUGUUGGGAUCUUCUUUGGAAUCGACAUCUUUUCAUGAAAUAAUUAGCUAAAAGUCAGCCGAGUAUAAAAUUAUUUUAAUCAAAAUAACUGCAAUUAUAGCAAUAGACAAGGGAAAUGUAGUUUGGCUUUCUUUCAGUCCAGACGUGUGAGGUUUCAGGAGGGGGGGCAGCUUUCGUACCGCUCGUCCUGGUUUGUGAACAGACUCUUUUUGUAUUUCAUCUGCUGUAGCUUUUAAUAACACUGCACGUGUUCUUCUUAACUGGAAAAUGAUCUUAAAAUAAGCGUGUGGACACGAGCUUCUCUCAUUUAGCUUUAAAAUGAGUCUGAAAUGGAAGCGGGGGACGUUACGACACACUUAUGUUAAAAUCUUUUUCUCAGGGAUCGUCUGUUUGAAUGUUAAUUUUUUAAUAACUCUUCUUGUACUAAUUUGUGUAUAUAAUCUCUUUAAAGAUAUGAACAGACCAACACAAUAAACAAAACAGAAAAAACUAAA